AUGGUUCCAUCUCCGUCUCUGUCUUUUUCCCGUAAGACACUGGGUGCGGAGCGUGUUCGCUGGUACCGCCACAACCCCUACGGUCCCUGCGUUUCAGAGCCACUGCCCGCCAUAGCUGCCGCCCCUGCCCCAUUUGCCGCCGCACUAGAUGCCCCUUUCUUGGUGGAUGCCGGCCUGAACGCCACCCCACCAGUUGUUUUGCCUACCGAGGAUGCAAAGGACCCUGUUUCUUGCACCGGCCUGGUUGGGUUCAAGUACGGAGUGAAAAAAUUUCAAGCUCCUUUCAGCGUUAAGGUGGGAGAUGCGUUGGUCACGGAGGGGGAUCGCGGUGAGGACCUUGGCUUUGUCAAGCUCGUUGAGCCCCUCUCGAGCAAACCGAAUCAGACCCGAGUAAAAGUGCUCCGCGCGGCCACACCCGAAGACCUUGAAUGCCACAACGCAAUUGCUGCAAAGGAGAAAAAGGCUCUCGGCACGAUGUGCAUGCUUGCAUGGAAGGUAAGGUGUCCCGCCCACAUUAAAGAUGUCAUGUAUCAGCUUGACGGACGCAAGAUUACAGUUAUUAUUGCCAGGGAAUCAAGGUCGUUCGUCGAUUUUCGACGCUUUCAGCGAGCAGCUUUUGAAGUGUUUCGUUGCCGCGUGUGGUGUGCGUACCUUGAUGAGAUUGUUGCACUAGAAGUGAAUAACAAUACAAGUACCGUUCCUCCACUGCCGCGGCAACGUGCCGUGCACAAGCGGGGAGGUUCCUGUUCAGGACGGACGCCCCCAGAAGCUUGUGAAAUGACUGCCCAUGCAUAG